AUGAAAAUGUCAAUGAACCGUUUCAUAAUUAAAUCGAGAUCACUUUUUAAAAUACAGAUCGUACGGAGUAAAAAGAGCUUUGGAUAUUUUUUAAAAUUUAUCGGAACACUUGUGCUAAUAUGUCUCAUUGUAAUGAUAUCAGUAUACAAAUUUAUUCAACGUAACAACCAUCCUUUAGCCAUCACACAGAAUUACAUUUAUCUAGAGCCACUCUCGUCAUUUUUCCGUAAAGUUCACAAUACAGGCGGGGAGAAAAUUGAUUGGCAUGAUUACGAGUAUCUAGCGAGAGAGAAAGAGCGAUUUGGAUUGCCGGGUGAAAACGGUCAACCUGUCUACGUUCAACCAGGUGAAGAGGAAUUGAAUAAGCAAUUAUUUGAUGUGAAUGGAUAUUAUGGUCUCAUAUCGGAUAAAAUUGCUCUCAAUCGUAGCGUGGCUGACUAUAGACAUCAGCAAUGUAAAAAAUUAAAAUAUCUUAAAGAGCUACCAUCAGUAUCUAUAGUAAUUCCAUUUUAUAAUGAUCAUUUAUCGACAUUAUUGCGGACUGUCUAUAGUGUCAUUAAUCGAUCACCUAAGGAGAUACUUAAAGAAGUUAUUCUAGUCAACGAUCAUUCCACAAAAGACUUUCUUUAUGGUGAAUUGGAAGAUUAUAUUAAUAAGCAUUUAAAGCAUAUUGUGAAGCUUUAUGUUCUCCCGCGACGUUCUGGCUUGAUUUGGGCGCGUUUAGCAGGAGCUCGAGCUGCAACAGGCGAUGUACUUCUGUUCCUCGAUUCACACACCGAAGCAUCGACAAACUUUCUCCCUCCAUUAUUAGAGCCAAUUGCAGAAGAUUAUCGAACAUGUGUUUGUCCAUUUGUUGAUGUCAUUGAUUUUAAGACAUAUGCUUAUAAGCCACAAGGUGAUGGCAGUCGAGGAAUAUUCGACUGGAAUGGAUUACAUUAUCAUCACAUGCCAUUGAGACCAGGUGAUCAAGAGAAUCCAUGGUCAUUGUAUGAGAAUCCUGUCAUGGUUGGUGGAUUGUUUGCAAUAUCAGCGAAAUUUUUCUGGGAAUUAGGUGGUUACGAUCCAGGCCUUGACAUUUGGGGAGGUGAGCAGUACGAACUCAGUUUUAAAAUAUGGCUUUGCGGUGGAAAAAUGUACGACGCUCCAUGUAGUAGAAUUGGACAUGUGUUUAGAGGUGGUAUGCCAUUUCCAAAUGACAGAAAGGGAAUUGAUUUUAUCACAAUAAAUUACAAGAGAGUUGCUGAGGUUUGGAUGGACGAAUAUAAAGAAUAUUUAUACAAAAGAGACCCGGACCGCUAUGCUCGUGUCAGUGCUGGUGACUUAAGUUAUCAGUUUUAUGUAAAAGAACGUCAACAAUGUAAACCAUUUAAACACUUUUUGGAUGUCGUUGCACCCGAUAUGAAGGAACGAUAUCCACUUGAAGAACCACCAGAAUAUGCCUCGGGUGCUAUUCAAUCAAUGGCUGAUAAAAAGUUCUGCAUCGACAAAAUGAAUCGUCCAAAAGAGCAGCCUUUGGGUAUAUACUUUUGUGGUAACAACAAAAAACGUCCCCAGAACAAUCAACAUUUCAUUCUCAGAUAUUAUCGUGACAUUUCUGAUGCCGAAAUGGAAUCAUGCUUUGAUUCGUACGGUGAAGGAGAAAAGAGGGAAUUAAAAACAUUCAGUUGUCAUCAUGGUCAGGGAAAUCAAUACUUUAGAUACGAUUUAAAAACAAAGCAAAUUUAUCAUGGACCUUACCGUAAUAAACAUUGUGUAGAAGUAAAUAUUGGUACACAGUCGGUCUAUGUCACAACAUGUAAUGAGAAUAAAGUUGAACAAAAGUGGGAAUGGGGAUUUCUAAAUGAGACAAAUAUCAACAAUUGGAUCUCAUAUGGAUCACCAAUUAUGGAUGCUGAAGAGAAAAAGGACCUUUCAAAGGACUUCCAUUAA